ACACCAACUCAAAGAAAUCAUUCCAUCGAUAGUCUCUAGUUUUCCUAUUUCUCUUCCAACGCCUCUUUCUCUUCCACUACGGCACUACCCUCUAUUUUCCUCUCAACAUAGCUCUUUCAAGUUUACAAGGUUGUUAUGAAGAUUUUGAUGCUUGAUUAAUCACUCACAUGGCAGAUCUACGUACAGAUUAAAUGCUUGGUUGGAUUCGGAUAAUUCUUCUCGAAAAGUCGUCUCUUGAUAUGGAAAAGUGCAAGCGAAUGGAAAUCCGAUUGCCGGAAGCUAUGAUUCACCUAAUACAGUCUUUCUUAAGUGAAGAAGAAGCUGCUCGAACAACUCUAAUCUCCAAAUCAUGGUACAAUGCUUGGUUAACUCGCCCCGUGCUUGUGCUCAGACAUUUCCACCGGAGAUCGGCCGAGUUCUCGGAAUUUGCAGUGAAGACUUUGCGAAGGUAUCAGGAUUCCAACUUGAAGAUCGAGAGUUUGAGGCUAAAAAUGCCACGAUGUACAAUUACCGAUUGUACCGUUGAGCCUCUUGCCCGCAGAUUGAUCGUGGAUGCAAUGAAAAUGGGAGCUACUGAUCUUAAUCUCGAAUUUAUCCCUCCCACAUUCGUUCCUACCAUGUGGAUGCCCACAAUCGUUAUGCCGCAGGAGGUGCUCGGAUCUGAAACCCUCCUCCGACUAUCUCUAUGUGGGUGCGAAAUUGAUGGAAACGUCAACUGCUCGAUGCUCAAAUCACUCAGCUUGGACAGAGUGCAUUUGAAAAGUGCUGAUUUGCUUGAAAGUAUAACUUCCUGCUGCAAUUCCAUCGAGGAGCUGUCACUUUCAAAUUCUUAUGAUAUUUCUAAUAAUAUUUCUAAUUAUAGAACACUAUUGAGUGGGAAGAAUAUACACGAGCUUCAUAAGCUCAAGCGAUUGUAUCUUGAGAUGGUGAUUGUUUGUAACUCCUUCUUCGACAACUUGGAAUCUCGGUUCCCUUGCUUGGAGGAUAUGAGCCUCGUUCUCUGCUCCUGCCCCCCCACACUUUUGACGAGCUCUUCACUCAAACGGAUAAGCAUGGUGCAGUGCCUUGCAUCGAGAAUCGAAUUCGAAGUUCCGAAUCUUGCUAUAUUUAGCUAUUCAGCAGACAAGCAUGUACUGUCGUCCAUCAUUUCUAUUUCUAUCAAAGCAAGGGAUGAAUGGGAGUCUCAUAUAUCCAUGGAGUGCCAUCACUUUCGGAUCUCGUCGUCAUGGUACCGAGAUUUGCACAAGCUGUUGACUCAGCUGAGUUCAUCAAGAAUCAAUCUCGCUAUAAAUAUUGGGUCUGGUAGCGUGAGUGAUAUACUUGGUGCUGUGGCCAAACCUGUAGCAGUAGAGAAUUUGAGGGUUGAGGCAGAAUAUGUUGUAGGUCGUAUUAUACGUUGUCUAUAUCGGUAUAUGUCGCCCCAAGUUGGUAACUCUUUGCUGGCUUAAUAGUGAAGGUUGGAUCCGAAGAGGAACUGAUGGGUCCCUUAAAAGUCUCUGCGAGAAACUGAUGGGUCCGAAGAGGAAUCGGAAUAUGUUUAAGGUGUUUGAUCUCAAGGAAGGGAAAGUGGAAGUAUACGAGGAGGAUGCAGCAGAAUGGCGGCCUCUUCUACUGCAAGAUGCACUAAGAGCUCCACCAUUGGGACGUAAGGUUCGUUUCCACUUGAAGUGGUGAUCACUGAUCAUCGGCUCCUCUUUGGUUUUUUAUGUGUUGCAUUGAUUUAUUAUAGAUUUGAUCAAUUUAU